AUCAUCAGCAUGUUCGGCAUUGUCGGCAACUCCAUCAACAUUGCCGUGCUACGGCGGCACGGAACACGGGAGUCCACAAACAUUAUUCUCAUCUCACUGUCCGUGUCUGACCUACUCUUCAGCACUCUCCUUCCAGUGACGCGCCUCAAGUGUGUAGUUGGCCAUUUCGACCCAGUCUUGGCCACGUCCCUGAACACGUUCGUGACCGUGUAUCUCUUCAUGCCCAAGUUCGUGUGUCUGGGAACCAGUUUUUUCUAUGUGUCCCUCAUCGCCGUCGAACGCUUCGUGGCCGUGUUUUUCCCGUUCCGAGUUUCUAAAAUGUUCACCCGGCGGACCGUUUUCAUUCUUUCGCUGUCUAUUUUCUUCUUCAGCCUGGCGGCGAUCUCGCCAAGCUUCUUAACGUUCAGGCUCGUCUGGGUGUACGACGAAGAAUUAAAAAAAUCCGUAGCCGUUGUUGAGCUCACCGAGUUCUACCAAACAAACCACGUUGUCUUAGACUUCUACGUAUGGGUGGGCUUAAACAACCUGUUCUGUGCCAUCAGUGUCUCGCUGGUCUUCGCCUGCUGCGUGGCCAUCUGCGUCAAGCUCAACAAGGCCGCCAGAAAACGGGAGCUGAUGACGUCGUCGAACUCCGCCGGCUACGACGUCAAAGUGGUCAAGAUGUUGGUGACCGUCUGCUGCAUCUACCUGUGCGUCAUCCUCCCCACCAUUACGAUGUAUAUGUUCUUCAAGCCAAGUUUCAUAUUCGAGUCUCCAGUGCACAAGAUCAUGAACGAUGUGUGCGACAUUCUGUGCGCAGUCAAUGCCUCGGCUAACUUCUUGGUGUACGUGUCAAUGUCCAACAAAUUUGCCAGGACUUAC